AUGGCCAUACCUCAGAGUCGCGACGGGGCUUUCAACCCAGCUUCUCCUCGCUCAUCCAGCGGAGCAGCAGAUUCCUUCAAGGGUACCCCUGAUACGCGCCUGACAGCAUUCUCUCCAGAGGAUGGCUCUGCCAAAUCCGCGCGCAUGCCCCAUUCACUUGGUCGGGACGCUGGCCCCAUCAAGUUCCCCGUGACUUCCCCAGCUUCUUUAGAUCUUUCCAAAUCCAAGUCAUUCUACCGGACAAACCUCCACUUGGAAAAAGAUCCCUUUGUCAGUUCCACGGGACUAGCAGCCAGAUCAGCCCAGAAGUUAUCACCUACUGCUUCUUGCUUCUCACCAUUCACCUUAUCUUCCAUUGCCCGAGGAUCAAGCACAGAUAUCAAUGCUGGUAUAAAGACAGAAGCUUCGAAUUCAUCAUCAAUGGCGGACCAGUCCUUGGAAAGCAGAGCGCUGAGCGCUUCUUUCGUUCACCCAACCCUGAGCACCGAUGCUGGUCUUUCAAGAUGCCUAGUCAUCUCAAUUCGCAGCCAGAAGGUGCAGACUGGCAACAUCGAGUACUACUUCUCGAAACUGUCGCAAAAUGGCCUCCAAAUCCAAGGAUCCAGAUAUAUCCAAGUAUGUGGUGACAAGGCCUAUGCUCGAUUUGGUAAUAUCCGAGAUGCUUGCCUCUUCUCUCAGAACGUCCACCUGGGUGGUCAGGAUUGGGAAAUCACUUACAUCACGCCUCGAGAAUUCACUCAGAUUGUUGAUCCAACAUCGGGUUUGAUCACAGCACAUGAAGGCCAACUCAACCUCGCGGUGUUCGCGCACCCAUCACUGGAAUCCAUUGAUUUGAAUCAACUUCAGGGCUUCGUACAGGGAGUCCUCCAAGCUGAGGGUGACAUGUUUGCCUUUAAGGCGCAGGCCAGUGGCGUAGAGGGCAGCUUGUUGAAUGCUGUCAUCGAGUACUGUGACAACGAUAUCUCCUUGCGGGUUGUUUCAAAGCUCAGUGGAACAGUGAUUGAUGGAAUCCAAUUCUGCAUGAGUCUUCAUCGUCCCGAUAUCCCGACCAUGUCGACCGUCGUCCACGAUGGAAUCGUCAGCCCAGCUCGAACAACGACAUCUGGCUCAAUGUCAGACUUGACCAAUGAUUUCCAGCGGCUGUCUUGUUCCAGGCCCGCAUCUACUGCAUCAUCAAUCCACAACGCUUUGGUCAGCACACCGACAAGAGCAUACCACCCAGGCAACUUCCCGCUCCAGCAGUCUUAUGGCAUGAUGCCGGUCGUGUACUCGGGAAUGCCACUCACGCCGCCGUACAUGAUUGACCAGGUGCCAACUCGAAGCCAUGGGAUGUUCCCGGGCGGCAAUUAUUCCAUUGUCACCCCCAUGUACUCUCAGCCAUCGCCGCUGAUGAGCCCUGAGUACAUGACACCUCGACAGUUCGCGUAUCCUCGCCCUGAUAGCCGCCGACAGAAUGCUAUGCGAGUCACCAGAGCCCCCUAUUACAGCAUACCCAGCCAGCACAACCAUGUCGAUGUUGACCGCAUUCGCGAAGGGAUCGAUGUGCGAACGACCAUUAUGCUUCGUAACAUUCCGAACAAGGUUGAUCAAGCCAUGCUGAAGAGAAUCGUUGACGAAUCAAGUUGGGGCAAGUACGACUUCAUGUACCUCCGAAUUGACUUUGCCAAUGAUUGCAAUGUCGGAUACGCCUUCAUCAAUUUUGUUGACCCCCUGGACAUCAUUGACUUCGUGAACGCCCGAGGCAACCAACGUUGGAAUUGCUUCAAGAGCGACAAGGUUGCGGAGAUCUCCUAUGCUACGAUCCAGGGAAAAGACUGCUUGGUUCAAAAGUUCCGCAACAGCUCAGUCAUGCUAGAAGCGCCACACUACCGACCUAAGCUCUACUUCACUAGUAAUGGGCCCAACCCUCAGUUCGCCGGAGAAGAAGAGCCUUUUCCCGAGCCCGACAACCAAUCAAAGAUGAAGCGAAGCUGCGAGAAUGCAGAGCAUGUCGGUCUCUUCACCCCGAACGCAGGACAGCACUUCCGGGACGAGCAACGACGUCGACGCUCACAGUACGACCGUGGAACUAGGCUCGCGGCUCUGGAGGAGUAUGACUAUGACUCCUCCUUCCCCCCGCGUGGGCCACACCACCCCUACUCCCCACAAUAA